GUUCCGACGUGAAGAAAAGUACCCAAUCCGCCUGGGGAGACUGAAUUGUUGUUCGAGUGUGAGAAGAGCGUUUUUGAGGGAUGGGUUACGGUUUUAAAUACGUUAAGAUACAUUUCACGCAUCAAUAUGGCUUCCUCCCUCGCCGCGCAGCUGUCGCAGAUUGCGGCAAACUCGACCAACCAAUUGAACCUUAAGGCGCAGAGGAUAUCGCAUUCGCAAUCUUUGAUUUUCGACAGAAAGGUCGCCGGGUCCCAAGAUUUUGAUACAAUCUAUGACAUUUGUAAUGAAGGUUUCCAAGAAUUAUGUCAGUUGGAUCCUCGAUUCGCGCAAUUCGAGCGCACGAUUUUCAGCGAACAGAGCAAGACCCAGGAGCGAACGGAGAUGAAUGCCGCCCAGAAUAAGGAGCUAGAUACGGUUUUGGAGGUUUUUCUUGCCUUAGUUGGAGGGAAAUUAUUGUUGAGCCCCGCCGUUAAGGCAGUUGACUGGCUCAUUAGGCGUUUUCGGAUUCACGAGUAUAACAUGGAAUUUACGAUUCUUACCUUUCUCCCAUAUCACACCACUCCUCUAUUCCUGAAUCUGCUAUCGAUACUCCCUGAAAAUUUGACACCAACCUUCAAAGUUCUCCGUCCUUAUAAGAGCAGCUCAAUCAAUCCCCCUCGUCAUCCCCUUGUCCAUAGUGCUACUACAAACAAGCCAUUCUUCGCAGCUUUAAAUAGAUAUACCCUCCAAGCCAGCCGGCAGCAAGCGGGUCACCAUGCGCUUUUGACAUUUUGGGCGGGAAUCGUUACAGAGUCUGUUGCUGCAAUGCUUGAUUCAGCUCGCUCUGGUCGACGGAAUGUUGAAAAGGAGAAGCACGAUGACAUUAUUAUGAGAGUCUUACCAAUUCUGAAUGAUGGGUUGGCUAUGAAAGAUGUGGCAGAGCUCGUCAUCGGAUGCUACAUGGUUUGUGUGGCUAUCGCACAGAAAGCUUCCCUGCACGACAAAGUCAUCGAUAGCUUGAUGGAGGCUGUGGCAGAUUCAUGGACGGAAGAAACAGUGAACUCAGGUCUAGUCUGCUUGGCUGUCCUUGCACAGCAGAAGCCGGACCCGACGUUACCGAAGCGUGUUUUCAAGGCCAUCAUUCGAUUAGAGAACACCCUUCAGCAGUUGUCCGAGACUUUAAAACUACACAGGGCAUCUCAUCUUCUACUUGGGGUUGUGGCAGGCUGCGUGCAGGACCUCUCCAAACAGAAAGACACAGCGCGUCUUGAUUUGCUAUCGCUCAUGUUUGAGAGCGAGCUUUUUGGAGAGGCCGAGACAGGCAGUGCUAUGGCCAUGGUCUUGCGCGCUACUAGCGAUGCUCAUAAAGAUGGUGUUAUGUCUCUGGAUGCACAGACCCAUCUUGCAGAUCUAGUACAGCACUUUGGUCGGUCGGAAUCUCUACGCCCCAUCUUCCAGCAGACUAUUGCGGAGUCUUCCUUUGAUCUCACCGCCAUCGAACAUAAUCUGCAAACGGUGAUUGAGUCAGCGCCCGCGCCUAAAGCGGUGGAAGACGUUGAUAUGGGAGAUGCCGAGAAGGCAGAGGAGCACGACAACUUCACACCCGCUCUGGAGUCUCUGGCGGGUAGCUCAUUCAAGGCUUCUUACCUUAGCACUCAGUCUAUCCCCGUAUUCGAUAGCCUUGCCCAAGCUUUUGCCCUGGGGAUUGGCUCUCAAGAGAAGCUUGAUGCCUUCGCUAACCUGCCAGCUCUUGGGAAAGCAAACGCCACAAAAUCCCCCCAGUAUCUGUCUUUCUUUGUCCGGGUCUUCUCCGGGCCAUAUCCUAUUGGCACACGGGUGUCUGCGUUUAAUAUGGUUUCUUCAUUCCUCUCUACCGCCUCUCCUGAGUUGGAUCUUCAAGCAUUACUGCCUUUCGUCCUAGUCACCCUCGCCGAUUCCUCAGAACGAGUUCGUCGGGAAGCUGCUGGUGUCUUGGCUAUCAUUGGCGGCUUCUAUAAGAAAAACAAGAAGGCUGAUAAUCAGGGAAGUAUCUGGUCUCAUGACACGCUUUACGGUCAAGAGAAGUCCAAGAAUAUCCAAUGGAUGUCGAGUCGUGAUAUGCAGAAAGUUUUCGAGCGUGCCUUGCUUCCAGGAUUGGAAGAGUAUGUCAUUGACCCAGACCAUAUCGGUCGAGUCCUUGAGGCCACGCUACGUGGCUCGUCAGUUUCGGAGCCGGAGUCGUCUGAGCUCAAGAAGGCUGUUCGGUUAAGCCUUUUCACCUACCUUUGCUCUCACACCGUGCAGGUUCCGCUCUAUGCACCCAAGCUCGCUCUGUUGAAGCUUCUCAACCGUGUUGAAAAGGCUGGUGGAACGACUCGUACUAAGGAGCUUGGGCCCCUGCUGAAGGACUGGCGAGAUAUGGGUGAGAAGCAGGUCAAGAAAUUUUGCGAGAAGGAGCGCGUCCCCGUUUCAGAAAUGGAAAACCAGACCGUCUUCACCGUAACGCCAAAGGAGAGAGAUGCCAUCACCGUCCUUUUGUCAUAUGUCAGCCCGUAUUCCGAGUCCUUGAGUCCUUCAUUCGUUAGCGCAAUCUUCGGUCGUAUGAAGGAUAUUUGGGCCAAGGUUCCUGAGGACCGGCAAGUCCUCGCUGCGGAGAAUUUGUUUGAAAUAUCUUUGGAACAAUCAGAGUCGCCCCUUGUUAAUGGCUGUAGGGACGUCCUUCGCAGCGUAGAGCUUCCGGGAGCUGUGCUUUCUCAAUUUCUCCAGAAGAUCCCUGUUUCAGUCACUGAUAUGGAGGCUCUAGGACCAGCGCCCAAGAGGAGGCGCACCAGCCAGAAUAAUAUGGUCGCAAUGACUGUCAAGGAUGAGGCUAGCCUUAGUAAGCUCAUGGAGAAGAUGACUUUCAUUCUGGAGCUGGUGGAUAGCUCUGCUCCCGAGACUCAUCCGGAACUGGCCGAUGGCCUGUUCCAAACUCUGGCUGCUCUUCAUCAUUUCAAGUCUCAGAUCCAGUCAGGAAUGAGCUAUCUACUCAGCUUAGCGCUUGGUGGCCUACUUGCUAUUGUCAACCGUUCCAAGGCCACUGGUAAGCCGCAGUUCGACACCUCCGUUAUCCGUGCCGAUUUGGUUGUUGACUGCGUCCGCACCACCGACAGUCCUCAGGUGCAGAAUGCAGCGUUGCUUUUGGUAGCGGGAUUAUCUGUCGUUGCCCCUGAGUUGGUCCUCCACAGUGUAAUGCCAAUUUUCACGUUUAUGGGCUCCAGCGUGCUUAAGAAGGAUGACGACUACUCUGUCUCCGUGAUCGAUCAAACGAUUGACCAAGUCGUCCCCGCCCUUAUUCAAUCAUUGCGCAACCAGAAGCGUGAUAUCGUGUCUGGGACAUCCGAGUUGCUGCUCAGCUUCACCGCUGCUUUCGAGCAUAUCCCUUCACAUCGCCGCCUCCGACUGUUCCACGCUCUCAUCACCAAACUCGGAACGCAAGAUUUCUUGUUUGCUGUUUUGUCUAUGCUUGCAAAUAGAUAUUCGAUGGAUAAGGACGUUCUAAUCUUGAUGACAGGCUUGGUCUCCGAUGCCAGUGCUCCUGUUGAACUCGCCACAUACAGCAAGUACCUGGGACUGGUCAGCGAUUCACUUAAGCCGAAGCCUGGUAUCUCACAGGUUCUCCUUGGAAUCGGAAGUGAGGACGGCCGUGAGCCUCAAAAGGUUGCAGUUGACCUCCUCAGGGCAUUGGCUUAUCUGUUCAGGCAUUCUUCUCUCAAGUCGAAGAUGGCCAAGGCAUUCGCAACAGAGGAAGGUGAUGAACCUCAACAGAUACGUGCCUUCUUCUCGCAGAUUUUGGAGCACACCUUGGCAAUUGGAGACACCAUGCAGGAUAUGAAAUCCGCUAGCCAGGCAAGUGCUGAGGUCCUUAGUGCACUAUUCGGAACCUUGUCGCUCGUCGAUUUUCUCGACACGAUCGAAGUGCUACUUCAGCGCCCCAACGACGAACUCCGUCGCAAGGUUCUCCGGCUCCUGGAAGGCCGACUGCGCCAGAACCCUGAACGCGACGGUCCUUCUCAGAUCAGAAUGUUGGACUUCUUGCCCGUUUUGGUCAAUAUCGUCGAGUCGUCGCCAGACAUCUUGCUCAAGCACGCCGCAGUGGCUUGCAUCGACCGCAUAGCCGACAAAUAUGGUAAGAAAGAUCCGUCGAAGGUUAUCCCUGCCGCCACGGUUGUCGCCAGUGAGACCUGCAUUGGACAGGAGGAUGACCGUAUUCGAAUCAUGGGUGUAUUGUGUCUUGCCUCCAUGGCCGAAGUUUUGGGUCAGGCGAUGAUUCCUGCAUUGCCGGAGACACUCAGUCGCUCACUGGGAUUGCUUGAAUUGAGCCUGGAAGAUGGUGACGAGAACACUAGACUUCAUGAUGCCAUUUACUCCCUGUUCUCCGCACUUUUCGCCCACCUUCCAUUCAUGAUCUCCGCUUCGCAUCUUGAUAAGAUCCUUGUGCUUUCGUAUAAAUCUGCCACCAACGAGGAGUGCGAAGAGGAGAGCCGUCAGGAAGCACUGAAAUUGAUGGCCAAGAAGGUUGAUACUUCUUCAACAUUCGGUGCAGUUAAUCGCAACUGGCAGCAUGCCGUGCAGGCUGGACCAGAAGCUACUAAGGAAACAUUGGAGGUUGUCAGCCUCGCAAUAGAGAAGCACCCGAAGUCUUCUACUGUGAAGAAUCUCCCUGUCAUCACCGACGUCCUUUUCAAAGCGUUCGAUUUGCGCCGGGAGCAACUCGCAUUGGGAUCGGACGCAACAUUCGACUUGUCCGAUGUCGAUGACAUUGAAGAGAUUGUCAACAACGUCACAAUCAAGAUGAUAUACAAGCUGAACGACUCAACCUUCCGUCCUAUCUUCACAAAGCUUCUCGAGUGGGCAACGACCGGCGUCUCAAAGAAGGAUACGCAGGGCAACUUGGCCCGGCUCACGACUUUCUACAAGUUCUUGCAGGUCUUCUUCGGCACACUUCAGUCCAUCGUCACCGGCUACUCUAGCUACAUCAUCGAGAGCGUAGUAUCAGUCCUCAGCAAAGCCAGUCCUUCCAACGCCAACACCAAGUCUCUUUGGUUGGCAACUAUGCGCCUACUCCGCAAUGCCUUCGAGCAUGACCAAGAUGAAUUCUGGCAAUCUCCCUCCCACCUCACGAAAAUCUCAACCCCCUUAAUCUCCCAACUCGCCCACGCCACCAAUCCCACAACAGCCACCCUAGUCAUCAACGAGGCUGUCCCAGCCAUCACCGAACUUGCCGUAGCAGCCGACUCAACAGACAACCACAAGGAACUGAACACAGUCCUCAUGCGGUACCUCCGCCCCUCCGCUGGCCCCACCGGCAGAUCCGCCGGCGGCGAGAACCCGCAUACGCGACUUGCCGCCCUCAAAGCAGAGCAAUCACUCACCGAGCAGCUGGGCGAGGAAUGGCUUGCAUUGCUGCCUGAGAUGCUGCCAUACAUCAGUGAAUUGAUGGAAGACGAGGACGAGAACGUGGAGAGGGAGGUUCGCAAAUGGGUCAAGCAGAUUGAGGACGUGCUUGGGGAGAAGCUAGAUGACAUGUUGACUUGAUAGUCUUUUUGUAGGGAAUGAAGUUAAGUUGCAAAAGAGGUUAUGGGCAUUCUUGGGCGUUGGAUUCUGUGUUUCACUUGCAAGUGUCGAUGUGUCUUUCCGUGUGCAUAGAAAAAGUUGGUUUGAGUGCUGUUGAUACAUAAUCCAUAGAUUUGGUUCCAUCUACCGAACGUUGAUAUCUGCUUUUCGUUUAAUAAGCGCCCCCUUC